AUGACCUCAAUCUUUCUUACAGGCGCAUCUGGCUACGCUGGCGGCCAGCUUCUCCACCAGCUGGUGAAGAGUCACCCGGAGUACGCCAUUGCGGCGCUCGUGCGCGGUGCCGCAGCCGCUGAGACCAUUGCACGGGCUUAUCCCAAGGUGCGGACUGUGGUUGGCGACUUGGAUGACAGCGAGCUUGUGGAACAGGAAGCUUCAAAGGCGUCGGUCGUACUAAAUGUUGCGUCGAAUAAGCACAUUAGCUCUUUGCAGGCCAUUCAUCGCGGCCUGCAGAAGCGACAGUCUGGGUACUUGAUCCAAAUUUCCGGUGCAAGUCUUUUGCCAGUUCGCGAUCUUGCAUCACCCUCUUUUAAACCAGGUGAGCCAUCCGACGAGGUCUGGGACGAUCUCGAUGGCGUGUCAUCAAUCCAGGACCUCAUCCGCACCAACGAGUCGCGCGUCGUGGACAACUACAUCCUCAAAGCCGCCAAGGAAACACCCUCCGUCAAGACCGCGCUCGUCCUCCCUCCCAUCAUCUACGGCAAAGGUGAAGGUCCCGUCAACCAGCGCAGCGUGCAGAUCCCCGCGCUCGCAAAGGUGGCGCUCGAGCGAGGCCACGCGGUCCGGGCCGGCAGGGGCUUGGCGAGUUGGACGAACGUCCAUGUCGCUGAUCUUGCGAGGCUGUUUACGCUCCUUACUGAAUCUGCUGCGAAGGGGAGCGAUGAUGGGGAUGUUUGGGGAGAGAAUGGUAUUUAUCUACCCGGAGUAGGCGAGAUUACAUGGGCCGAUAUCUCAGACAGAGUCGCAAAAGCAGCAAAAGAUCAAGGACAUAUCGACACUCUAGAAAUAGAGGAGCUUUACAAGCCCGAAGUCGACAGCGCACUCCCCGCUGGCUCAGUCUUCUUUGGCAGCAACGCCAGAAGCAAGCCCCGCCGUGCCACUGAAGUGCUAGGCUGGAAGCCCAGCGAGGCAGGCCUCGAUGUGGAAAUCCCCAGGGCUGUGGCUGAGGAGGCAGAGAGCCGAGAGAAGGCUAAUCUAUAA